GUCUGGCUUUUACGUACGGUCUGACGGCAGUGGGCGCGUGUGCGUAUGCGCUCAUAUAGGUGCUCGUCGCGAAAUAUAGUAGCAGCCAUCUUAUAUUUUGUGUCGGAGAAAAACAAUUUGACCGUACAAAUGUUUCGCGAUUGCCCGUGAAGCCGCUCGACGACGGGAGGCGGUGCGCUCGAUGAGGCGCGACGUUUUUCGACCCUAGACCCGGACCACUACAUUAGCAAAGGUGGAUUGGUACGCAGGAUAUGAGCAGUUUGUCAAGCGCAACCUGACUCUGCUCCCCCAUCAGCAAGCGGCGCAGCAGCAGCAGGACGAGCAGUCUCAGCAGCUGGCUCCACCGCAGCAGACUGAUAUAAUGACGUCUAUGUUCGAACAACAGAUUAAGAGCGAACCCAUGGGGUUCUAUUCUGUUGCUUCCAGUCGUUCGGAUGGAUCCAACUCUAUAGUGAAUUUGUCCGAUGAUCGAGAGGACCUCUCUCAGCAAGAAGGUCAUUUGCAGCCCCAGCAGCCGACGUUACAGUUGAAUCAGCAGCAAAGCCAGCAGCAGAGUCAACAACAGACGCAACAGAAUCAGCAACAGCAAAAUCAGGGUAUGCAGCAGGACUCGCCCGGUCGUCAGUCUACGGGUCAACAGACCGUCAAGGAGGGCUCACGGUCGAAGCCUCAACCUUGCAAAGUUUGCGGCAAGGUACUGUCUUCUGCUUCGUCCUACUAUGUGCAUAUGAAACUUCAUUCGGGGAAUAAGCCCUAUCAUUGUACGGUAUGCGAGGCGAGUUUUUGUCGCAAACCUUAUUUAGAAGUACACAUGAGGACGCACACGGGCGAACGACCCUUUCAAUGUGAGCUAUGUUUGAAAAGGUUUACUCAAAAGAGCAGCCUCAAUACUCAUAAACGGGUGCACACGGGGGAACGGCCGUAUGCAUGCGACAUUUGCCAGAAACGUUUCGCUGUGAAGAGCUACGUCACGGCGCAUCGUUGGAGCCACGUAGCCGAGAAACCGCUGGUUUGCGAACGAUGUUCCCUCACGUUCACGUCCAAAAGUCAAUUUGCGAUUCACAUCCGUACACACACCGCCAGUACCACUUACGAGUGCAAUAUCUGUGGACGUACGUUCGUACGUGACAGUUAUCUGAUAAGGCAUCAAAAUCGGGUGCAUCGUGACAUGAAUCAGAGCAGCUCGAAUCACAAUCCGCCGACGCCGCAGAGUAGCGGCGCCGGCACUCCGGGCACCGGUUUCGAGAGUCCGGUCUGUGAUUUGCGCUACAGCGAGGGACCCUCGUCAUUGGAUGGUCUCGCGGGAGCCAAGGGCACGGGCAUAGCCGCGGAGAUCGCUAGUUUAGCCAAGCAGAACAAUCUACAGCUUCCACUACCGCUGCUACAUCCGCAGACCACCAACUAGUGUUUAGAUGGCAGCAACAUCGUCACCCAGCCCCUGCCGCAACACCAAUCACCGCAGCAAGUAGUAUGUCCCACCUCGGCGUCUUCGCCGUUCACACUUAACUCACCUAUGUCUCACACCGAGCACACGAGCACACCGCAGAGUGUCUACCAAACGAUGAGCUCCUCCAAUCCCUUGGACAGCUCCAGUUCCCAACUCUAUCCGCCCUUGUCGUCCCCUCUAGACCCGACAUCGGAGCCACAACAUUCGCAUCAUUCGCACCAGCUGCAUCGCGGCAUCCCUCCGCCAGGUCUUCACCCCGCGCUCUAUUUGUACGCUCAUUACUCGAAUACGAGCCCCGCGAUCUCGUAUUCGGAAUAUAUUCAGCGUAACAAUUGAACGCGAGUUUUCAUCUAGCAUCGAUCGACUUUCAACGAUUGUACGAUAAUAUCAGUAAACCUGGUGCUAUUUAAUCGGCUGAUCAAAGUGCCUAUCGAGCAUCCUAUAUACUUCCGAUUCGUAACAACGGAUGCUCGCUCGUCACUCGGUUUAGGGGUAUGCUUUUGAUCAAACAGGUGUACGACGACACAAUUGAUCAAUUGUAAUUGCUGCUCGAAAAAAGAAAAGAACGUUUGCUAAUACUUUGUGUUCAUCUAAUGAAUUUUAUACUCAAGAGCAUCUUUUUUAACACGAGAUUGAAUAGCACCCGCUCGAGGCGCGGUUUCCAAUCGCCAAGCGAUCAGAUCGUACCGACAUACAACUAUGUAUAUAUAUAUAUACAUAUAUAUAUAUAUAUCGUUCCAAUGAUUCAAUCAUUAUGCACGAUGCUAGCUGAAAUCGAAGCGUGUAACAUUUCUAAGUCUCCACAAUUUCGGCACUCUUAUUUCGUCUGAUUUUUAUAAUCACAUCUCUGCGAGUAUACAUAUACAUAUAU